AGAUCUGACAGCCUGUCCUCACCUCUCCACCCUCCUGGGGCUCUUCUCACCAUCACCCUCCUCACCUAUUUGCCCAUCACAGACUUGUGAAUUAAUCAUGUCCCCUCUGUAAGGACUGGCCCCCCACUCCCAAUUUAUCCUAAUCCGUUCCCCCCAAAGAAGGCAGCAGGAUGGGGAAGGACCAGGAGCUUCUUCAGGCUGUGAAGACUGAGGACCUGGGGUUGGUUCAGAAGCUCCUACAGAGACCCAAGGCAGGCAAAGCCAAGCUUCUGGGAUCUGCCAAGCGAGUGAACGUAAACUUUCAAGACACAGAUGGUUUUUCUGCCCUACACCAUGCUGCACUCAAUGGGAAUACCGAGCUCAUCUCUCUCCUCCUGGAGGCUCAGGCAGCUGUGGACAUUAAGGACAACAAAGGAAUGCGACCGCUCCACUACGCAGCCUGGCAGGGCAAGAAAGAGCCAAUGAAAAUGCUUCUUAUGUCUGGCUCUGCUGUUAACAUCCAGUCAGAUGAGGGCCAGAUUCCUUUGCACCAAGCGGCCCAACAUGGACAUUACGAUGUGUCGGAGAUGCUGCUACAGCACCAGUCCAAUCCCUGUAUUAUGGACGUUUCAGGAAAGACUCCCCUUGACUUGGCUUGUGAGUUUGGAAGAGUUGGGGUUGUACAGUUGCUGUUAAACAGUAACAUGUGUGCAGCGCUACUGGAGCCAAAACCUGGCGACUGCACUGACCCGAAUGGCACUAGUCCCCUGCACCUGGCUGCAAAGAAUGGACAUAUUGACAUCAUCAGGCUUCUCCUACAGGCCGGCAUCGACAUCAACCGGCAAACGAAAUCAGGCACCGCUCUGCAUGAAGCUGCUCUGUGCGGGAAGACAGAAGUAGUACGGCUCUUGUUAGACAGCGGAAUUAAUGCUCACAUUAGGAAUACCUACAAUCAAUCAGCUCUGGAUAUUGUCAACCAAUUCACAGGCACCCAGGCAAGCAAGGAGAUCAAACAGAUGCUGAGAGAUGCCUCGGCAGCUCUGCAGGUCAGGGCACUAAAGGAUUACUGUAACAAUUAUGAUCUGACCAGUCUAAACAUAAAAACUGGAGACGUCAUCACGGUCCUCGAGCAGCAUCCUGAUGGACGAUGGAAAGGCUGUAUCCAUGACAACCGGACGGGCAAUGACAGAGUGGGCUACUUCCCAUCCAGUCUGGUGGAAGCCAUCAAAAGAAUAGGUUCUCAAGACACAUGUCACCCACAGCACCAGCGGUCCCUACAUGCGGCCCGCUGGGCGUCUGUGCCAAAUGGUGACACUCACCAUACCUUCCAUUAUUUGAUGCCCCCAUCACAUUCUCACCCGCUUCUUUUCAGUUCCUUUGGCUACCAAAGACCCUGUAGCCCAACAGGUUCCCGGGGUUCAGAAUCCAGCCCAUCACAUAUGUCUCCAGGUCCCACAUCUGUUGCUCCUCCGGAGGAAAUCUGGGUAUUAAGGAAACCGUUCGCAGGUGGUGAUCGAAACAGCAUGGGCAGCACAGGAAGUGGCCGAAGUUCUGGGAGCGGGCAGAGCGCGGGCAGCGCCCACGCUAUACACGCUGGUGCAGAGGGGGUCAAGCUGCUCGCCACUGUUCUCUCCCAGAAGGCAUUGGGGCAGGACCCUGGAGACUCCUGUGAAGGCCACACAGGAUCUUCAAGACCUCAGAGUGUGGCAACUUCCCCUUACAUUGAGCAGCCAUACGGAGACCACCCCAAAAAAACAGAAGCCCCGACAGAGGGGAAGAGCUCGGAGGCCGUCUUUCAGUGGCUCUGCAAGUUUCAGCUUCAACUUUACGCCCCCAAUUUCAUCAAUUCUGGUUAUGACCUCCCGACCAUCAGUCGAAUGACGCCCGAGGAUCUCACAGCUAUUGGGGUCACUAAACCAGGUCACCGUAAGAAGAUCUUCUCAGAGAUAAACAGUUUAAACAUCGGAGAGUGGCUGCCAGAGUAUAAACCGGCUAAUCUAGCUCUUUGGCUGGCAAUGAUCGGUCUGGGUCAGUACUAUAAGGUGCUGGUGGAAAACGGCUAUGAGAAUAUUGACUUCAUCACCGACAUCACCUGGGAAGAUCUGCAAGAGAUCGGCAUCAUAAAACUGGGUCACCAGAAGAAGUUGAUGCUGGCAGUAAAGAAGCUGGCUGAGAUCCAAAAGUCAGAAUACGGCAAGUACGAAUCAGGCAGCAUGAGAAGGAGGCCACCUCAGAAGAACACAGAUACAGUGUCCAUUGAUUCCCCUCCACCUGACAGUGGAGAGUGCCAGUCCCCCAAAAUGAAGACCUUUCAGGAUAGUGAGUUAAGUGAUGAGUUGCAGGCUGCAAUGACUGGCGAUGGUCCUGAUGGAUUAGAGAAGCAGAACAACCAUGUGGCUCACCACAGAGAAGGGCCUUCCUACAGAGGACCUCCAGGGGCUAGACUUCAUCAUGAAAGUAGCCUUAGUGGUCGAGCCAGGCAUAUAAGUAGCUCCCAAGAGCUCCUUGGAGAUGGAAGUAAGGGCCCGAGUACAGCUAUGUCAAAGAGCCAGGAGUACUUAACAGAUGAUGUAAAGAGGGAUGAAGUGGUCAGAGAAUCUAGGCCACUUAGGCAAGGACACUCAAUUAAGAGAGCAAGUGUUCCUCCUGUGCCAGGAAAGCCCCGCCAGUCAUUCCCUCCUUCUGGAGGUCAGACUUACACUCCGCCUCAAACACCUACAAAAGGAACUCCCUCAUCUCCACAGGCAGUGAGCUUCCCCCAGGCUACUGCAAAGGUAAAACCAACACCCCAGCUUCUGCCACCAUCAGACCGUCCCAUGUCUCCCCGGUCCUUGCCUCAAUCUCCCACACACAGAGGAUUUGCCUAUGUUCUUCCACAACCAAUAGAGGGUGAAGGAACACCAUCUCACUUGGCACAGGCAGUACCAGUGCUGCCAGUGUCUGUGCCUGUAUUGUGCCUUCCACCUGCUGGGAGUGAUGAAGAAGAGGAGGAAGGAGAAGGAGACAGAGGGGAGCAAGGACGUCCAAAAAAACGUGCACACAGUCUGAACCGGUAUGGCUCAGACGGGGAGCGUGAGGAGCUACUAGUCAUAGAUGGAGGUCCCUAUGGGACUGGGCAGAGACGUGUUGGUAGGAGCCACUCAGUGAGAGCACAGUCGGGGGGGGAUAAGAAUGUAAAUCGCAGCCAAUCCUUUGCAGUCCGCCCAAGGAAGAAAGGACCACCUCCCCCUCCCCCUAAACGUUCUAGCUCUGCCAUCUCUGGGACAAAUCUUGGGGAUGGUCUAUCUGCAGAUGACACCGCAGGAGGGGGGUAUCGUGAGCAGAGGAGGGCCAGUGACUUUGGGGGGAUCAUAGACACUGGGAGUGCGGGCAGUGUAAAGAGUAUUGCUGCUAUGCUGGAGUUGUCAUCCAUUGGAGGAGGGCCAAGGGCGAUUUCUGGACAAAGGCCAAGAGGUUCUGAGGGAUAUUGUAUGCACCUCCUUCCUCAUCCAGCUAGUCCUGAACUUCACCGACAUCCAGGCACUGUGGCUGGAGUAAAGCACAGAGAGGCUAUAGGGCUAGAUGGUGAAGUGGUGAAUCGCCGUAGGACCAUUAGUGGACCAGUGACUGGACUUGUGGCUGCUGCUAGAAGGGAGCGCACUGAGGUAUCAAAACUCCCGGACUCUCCCCGUAGUCCCUCAGAUGUUAUUCCCUUUGCAGAAGAACGCAAACAAACAGUCAAACACCGGUCAAGGCCGGCCAGGACAGAACAGUCUGACUCACAAUCAACAGAGUCUAGUAAAAUUGGGGACCUAACAACUGUAGAGUCCAGUAUUACCCUAAAACGCAGGGUGAAGGCAAGGCAGGGCUCUGGAGAUGUGAAGUUUCUGCUCACAGAGUCAGACACUGUCAAACGCAGACCAAAACCACGGGACAAAGAUGGCAUUGGUAGUGCUGAGCCACUGGUUGUUUACCAAAAUGGAAUGGGCACAGUAAAGCGCCGACCGGUAUCUGAGAUGAGUGCAGGUGGACGGCGGGAUAGCACAGAACACAUAGCACAGACACCAGAACGUAGCAUAAAGCCCCCUGUUUCACCCAAACCCACCAUCAUACAUCCUUCUGGAAAAACCCAAGGACCCUGCACUCCUACAACUGCAAAGAAAAUCUCUGGACCCACUGGAGAGGUAAAGAAGGCAAUGGGGACCCCUCCACCUGUGUCACCAAAACCAGCCCCUCCCCCAACAGCACCUAAACCCAUUAAACCCCAUGCGGCCAUCCAGUCAUCAAGCGCCAGCUCAACUCCGGCACCUUCUCCUGUAAAGCAGCCCAAUAACAUCAAGCCUUCUAGCACUCCUCCCUCUCUGUGCUCCAGCCCUGCCAAACCCAUGUCCCCAAGCUACCCCCAGCAGGUGCCCAUCAAGCCUCCUAGAUUAUCCAUCACCAGCUCUUCCAUGGAGGGAGGAACCAGCGAAGCUGCCCAGCAGAAACUGGAGGAGACGAGUGCAUCACUGGCUGCCGCACUUCAAGCUGUGGAGGAGAAAAUUAAACAAGAAGACGCCCAGAAAGAUUCGUCAGUGGAAGAUAAAAGCACUGUCAGUAUUCUCGAUGACAUUGGAAGCAUGUUUGAUGACCUUGCGGACCAACUGGAUGCCAUGUUGGAGUGAGGUUGUAGCGCAUUAGUGGUUGUGGGACCCUUAAAGGUCACCUUGACUGCUUCCUGUCUCUUCUCCCUUUGCUGGGUUGGACCCCCUGCCUCCUCCUCGUUCCUCCAGUCUGCCUCCAUCAAGCCGAAACACAUUCUCUUUUACUUAGCACAAACAAGCAAUGUGAUUACCUCAGGAUUGUGCUCAGACAUUGGGGGCAAAAUAGGAGAGAGGCUUUGGAUGAGCUAUGAAGAUGCCAGCAUCCCCUCGGUGCCAGCUGGAGGGUGGCACCCACACCAAGAUUCUGCCAAAGCUCAGGAUCACUACAAAUUCUAGAAUGCAUGGCACAUUCAGGAGCUCAGAGUCACAACCUGGACAAACAUGGCCACUAAGCCUUGCCAUAUAAAAACCCAUCGAGUUGCAAAGCACUGUGGGAAAUAAGAGGUUCAUAUAUUAUGAAGGCAAGAUUGAGCAGCCAAAACAUAGAAAUCUUAUGAUGUUGUUUUUCCUGUAAUGCUGGUAGGAAUUGCAAGAGGUAAUGUUAUCACUUGUGGAAAGAAAAUGGUGCCAAUGAAUCAAUUUGUGUUACCAAAUCUCCGUUCUGAUUCAAAAAGACAAUAAGCUUAAUACUAAGGAAGUAAACACUUUGCUGUUCCCGUAA